AUCUGUCAUUUGUAUGGAAGUGAAUAUUUUGUUGAUCUAUGUUAUUUAUUUUAAUAGUAAAUUCUAGAGAAUUUAAACUUGUGUUUUUUAUAAUUUCCCCAAUAACUCCGGUUUUGCUUUUACCAACAUGAUUAUAAAUAAAUUAUUAGGAGCAUUUGGAUAUAAACGAUUACUUCAAUGUCGAACUCUAACUUCUAGACUAACAGCUGAUGGUAAAGUAAUACCUAAAAAGAAAAACUUAGAGAACCGUAUUACUUUAAUAGGAGCCGAUAAUUCAGUUAGUAUAACAGAUUUAAGAAAUGCGGAAACUUUAUCGUUAAGAAGGGAAUUAAAGUUGGUUAAAAUACAAGAUGUGGAUUCGAAAACAAGGCGACCAGUUUAUAAAUUAAUGUCAAAUACUGAAUAUCAUGAAGAAGAGUUAGAAAAAAGAAAAGAGAAGCAGGAGGCACGUCAAAAAACUUCUAUAAAAGGGCAGAAACUAAUGAGUAUUUCGUCAAAAAUAGGAGAACAUGAUUUGAUGACAUUCAUAAAAAAAAUGCUGAAACUUCUUGAAAAACAAUAUGAAGUCAAAGUAGUUUUAUCCUAUGAUAGUCCAGAUGGAGAACAACUGUGUGAAAAGAUGUUUACCAUUAUUGAAAAAAAUACAAAGUCUUCGGGUAAAGUUGUACAGAAAAGGAGUAAGGGAACCAAUUUACGGUUUCAGUUGCUGCCCUUCAGAGAGAAUUCAACACAAACUGAUACUGAACCACAGCCUAAUCAAAAUGGUAAUGAUAAGGGACCUCUGUGACUAGUGAUAAUUAUCUUUGGUAUUUUGGUUGUGAAGUACUCAAUUUUUAAUGUUUAUCUUCAUAAAAUGGAGAACGAAGACAAACAAAUAACAAAACAACAAAAGUUAAAAGAUGUUUUUUUAUAUAAAUACUAUACAAAUAGGGAUAAAUAGCAAUUAUAUUUUUGUUUGUAUAUUGAAAAUUGAAAAAAAAAGUUUUAUAUAAAAUAGAUUUAUGACUUGCAUUAUGAUUGUAAAUAAAACAUUAAAUGGAAAUAAAUGAAAUUUAUUACAGCACACAUUUUCUAAUCAGUCACAUUUGCAUACAUACUACAACAUGUACUACACAAACACACAGUUAAACAUUACAGAUGGCAAGGAAAUACAUUAAUCUAGGUAUUGUGGUUAGGUAAAACUAAAAUUAUAAAUAAGUUUUUAUUUUUAUCAGUUGGAAUUAUCACAGAUGCUUUAGAGAUCUUUAAAUCUUAAUUGGUAGAUGAUUAUUAACUAACAAAAGUGCUAGUGUGAAAACAGAUAUUUAAUGGUAUAUAUUUAUGACAUGUUUCUUAUUUCAUAAACAAUUAAUGAAGAUUCUGAUUAUGUAUCCUUUUCUAAUACAAUAUCUUUAUUAUAAAUAUGUAAUACAUAGCCAAAUCAUAUACAUAAUUUGGACUUUCCCACAUGUUUAGAUGCAACCUAUUUGUAUAAAAUAAUUCAGAGUCCAUAAUAAAUUGUAAUUU